CUUUGGAAUAUACCAUUUAGAGAAGAAUACCAACAUUUGAAGAAGAAUUAGUUGUGUUUGUUUUCUUCUUUGUAGAGAGUAUUUGUAAGAGAGUUGUGUUGGGAAAUACUUUGAGUGAACCUCUUAUUUGGAGUGAUCUUUGUGAGGUUAUUCUUUUGGGUAUUUGGGCUAUUAGAGUAUUUAAUUACUCUAAUUUUGUACUCUCUUUUGUAUCUUUAUACUUUUUUUGUUCCGUUGGUGUUUAGUGAAGUUGCUUCUCUUUUGGUUGUGGACGUAGGUCAAGUUGACCGAACCAGGAAUGCUAGUUGGACGAACGGCUCGUAAAUUUACAUAAGUAAAACCGGCAGGUUGUCAGGUUUGGAAGCAUUAGCAUUAGCAGCGAGAAGGGAAGGAUGUCGAAGUCUCUCAAUGAGGAGUUGCUUCUAUUAUCAAAGCCAAUAAGGGAAUCACUUUCCAAGGCACCGUAUACUCCUCCAGAGGGUUCCAAUGUCUCCAUCAAAUCCAUGUUACUGUCUCUUAUUUCCGACUCUCAACCCGAAAUAAGGGAUUUUAGCUUAUGUUGUGCUGCAUUGGCAUCCGCCUCCGAAUCAACCUAUAAUCAACACUUUUGGGUUUCCAAUUCGCUAUCUCUUGCUGCUGCCUCCGCCUUCAAAGACCUAUCUAAAGCUUAUGCUACCACGGCUGCUGGAAAUUCUAACUUGAUCAAAUUUGGCGAGCUGGAGAUCGAAUUUAAGUCUCUCCCAAAUGACAAAAUGUUGGCCAUACACUUAAUGCCUCAACUCUUGCCUUUGCUAAAAGACACGAUUAAGCAGAGUGCCAUUGAUAAGUCAAUUGAUGGUCAUGAGAUAACAUCUGCAAGUGCUGGGGUUCCUGUAGCAUACGCCAUUAUUGCUGCUUAUCAGUUUAGAUGGCUCAUUUCUCAGGUGGAUUAUCCUCACCUUGGAAAAGUGUGCUCUUUGGUGAUUCCAUGUGCCCUAACAGCUCUUGAUCACUGGUCGUCUGAAGUAAAGGGGCAGGGCAUGGCAAGCUUAAUACAUCUGGCAAAAAAUGUCAAUGCUGCUGAGAUUGGUUGGUAUGAAGAUGUAAUUCUUGAUGCUUGCUGCCAAAAUAUUGUUUCCGACGAUGAGAUAUGGGAGCGUGCGGUUCAAUUGUCUGUACUUAUGGUGACCUUCACCCAGAAAAGUAAUCCUCGAAGCAUAUGGUAUGAAAAAUUGUUGAAUGAGAUGUUGAGUCACUUGGAAAGGCAACCAAGAAACAAGGAGCGACGUAUUGCAUGGCUACAGCAUAUUGAGCCACUGUUUAAUCGUCUUGGUCUUAUACUGUUAGUUCAUUUCAGGCGACUUUUCCCCCUUUUCUUCAAGUGGAUGCAUACAGAUGAUGACGGAACUGUUCUACUGGUUCUUGAACGGAUCAAGACAGUUGUAAAGUUGACAUGGAUAAGGAAUUCGCCACACAUUGAAAGGUUGGUGGAUGAACUUGUUAGUCUAUACAAGGAAGCAGCACUAAAAGUUGCACGUGAAGAAAUCAGAAAGCUUGUUCUUCAGAUUAUGAUUUUGAUCCAACAAUCCAAGGGCUCGCAGUUCAAAGCUGCUUGGGACAAGCACAAGGAUGAUCCUGACUUGGCAAUUUUCCAUCAUUCCUUUAGUGAACAACAGCCUGCAAUGGUUGCUCAAUUGGGGAGCCUCGACAUAACUGAUAAAGUUGCUGUCAUCUGACUAGGAUUGCAUGGGUCAAGCCGUGGAAACAACCUGGUGCAGAAAUGUAGGGUAAGACUGUACAAUCGACCCUUGCAGUCCAACACUGUCUCGGACCUGACCUGUGUACGAUAGACCCAAAAUCACCGGGAUGCCCUUUUUCUCAAUUGGUGAGACUUGUUAUGCUUUUCAACGAUUCAUCAGAUGAAGGGAUUGAGAGUAAUGAGCUUGGCAUCCAUGUAAAUAGUUAGCUGUCCAUCGGCAUACUUUCAAGUUAAGAUAUGUAGUGUCGCGAUUCAGUAUUUCGUAUUGAGAUGUAUUUAUAUAGUAUUAUGCAAAGAAAUUGAUGUUUACUUGGAAAAUGUGUGUACCAUUGUGAUUUUCAGUAAAUGAGGACUGCAAAAUUAGUACAAGAAUCAGUAAUCAUGAUUUGGAUCAA